AUGGGUGAAUUCUUUCGAUUAAUGUUCGAGAGCUUUCGACGACAACGACAACGAGAGCUUGCUAACGAUGCGGCAACUCUUGCCGCCGUUUCUCACACAUGGGCUUCACUCGCGGCAAAUUUUCGAAGACCGAUCGAAGGUGCUAGCAAAAACGAAGCGAAGAUCACAGAGACGAUUGAUCUAGAAACGCGAUACAAACUAUCACUCAUCGAACAGAGAAGUGAGCUGCAGAGUGAACAUGCAGUCACGCUGGAAGAGCAGGAGCGUCAGCUCCGACGCGAUCACCAUAAUACGCUUCAGAAACAGAAGCAGCAAUUUGACGAAGAACGAGACAGCGCUCUUCAGACACAGAAACACCACUAUUUCGGCUUUGAGAUGCCGGAAGAUUUCGACUUCAUCGACAAGGUAGAGUUGUUCUUUCAGCCAGGAAAGCUGAACGCCUCCAGAGUUUGUCGACGAGCAUUUGAUGAGUUGUCGGAGCGUCUCAACGUGCCUCUAGAACAGUGGCCGUCGGCUGAGGAGAUCUCCCUCCACGAGGAUACCGAUGAACUCAUGCCACUUAUCACUAGCCAGGUGGACAGAAUAGUCCAAGCCUGCGACGAUAGAGUCGACACAGAACAGUGCCGCACUACCAAUGUCCAACGCACAUCGCUCAUCUCAAAGAUAGAGGCCACAGAACAGGCCAGUAAUGCCAUCAGAGACCCGAGAGAGCAGAUAGCAGCGAACGACAAGUUAUGGGCCGAGGUGGUCUCAAGACCAGAGGCGUGCUUGGUCGCGAAAGAUCAACACAUCGAUGCCCUAACAGAGCGUCUCAGAUUGCAGACGCAGAUGCUAGAUGAGAGACACUUCCUACUAGUGCAAAUGGCAGAUACAGCUGCAGCAUCAGUAGGGUAG